CACACACACACCCUUCCUCUCUCUGUUACUUGCUCGCAGGGCAGCUGUAGAUGGACGCUGAGCUGCACAGAAAUCAGCGUUUUCUCCUUCUUUUCCUGCUUUUUUCUUUUGUGGGUUAUUUUUUGAAGUUAAUUGAUUAUUUUCCACAGUGUACUGAAUCGGGAUGAACACCAACGUGCAGUCCAGUCUGCAGAGGGCAAAGGACGUGAGCGAUGAAGAAGCUGUACAGAUACAAGGGGUGCUGUACCCGCAGCUUCUCUCCCCCGAGGAGAACCUCAAGGCUCUGGAGAACUUCAAGGGCCGAGAGGAGGACAUCGUGCUGGUGGCAUACCCCCAAUGUGGUUUAAACUGGAUGGUGGGGGUGUUGAUGAAGAUUAUCGCGGAGGCCACGGGGGUGGUGAUAACGGAAGUCAGGAUGCCGCCGCUGAUGGAGUUUUUUGGACCAGAAAUCUUAAAGGAGGUGGAGGAGACUCCCUCUCGGAGGUUUCUGGGGACUCACCUUCAUCCCGACAACAUCCCCGCCUCCUUCAAUGAAAAGAAAACUAAAAUACUGGUGAUCUUCAGGAACCCUAAAGACACGCUGGUCUCGUUUUAUCAUUUCUCCAACAACAACCCGGUGCUGCCCUCAGAGUCGUCCUGGGACUCCUUCUUCUCCAACUUCAUGAGCGGAGACGUUGCCUGGGGGUCGUACUUUGACCACGCUCUGGCCUGGGAGAAGAGGAUGGACGACCCAAACGUGAUGAUCGUCACCUACGAGGAGCUGAAACAGGACCUGAGCGAUGGCAUCCGUCAGAUCUCCUCCUUCUUCGGCUACACUCUGACGGAGGCUCAGGUGCUUCAGAUCUCAGACGGCAGCACCUUCUCCGCCAUGAAACAGAGCUCCGCUAACUCCCAUGGGGCUAUGAGGGACGUCAUCUUCAGAAAAGGCGAGGUGGGCGACUGGAAGAACCACUUCACCCCCGAACAGAGCCGAGAGAUGGACGCCGCCUUCAACAAACAGCUGGCAGGAACCAGGCUGGGAGCCAAACUCAACUACCAACGCCACUGCCAGUAGGGAGCAAGGGAGCAAGGGAGCAAGGGAGCAAGGAGCAAGGGAGCAAGGGAGCAAGGGAGCAAGGGAGCAAGGGAGCGAGGGAGGAAGGAGGGAACACAUAUAGAAGAAGAGGGAACAAGUGCAUUAUGAAUGGUUGUUUUAUUUACUCCAAUCUGUGAACUUUGGUUGAAAAGUUUCAAAUCUUGCAGCUCACAAGCCGGGCGCAAAACCUGCUGUAAAACGAGCAAAUUGUUGUUUUAUGGAUACUUUUUCUUUGUGCUAAGCUAACUUCGCUAUAUAAUAAGAGUCUACAUUUUCUAAUCUUACUCUCCACCAGAAACCAGUCCUUGCAACGCCUUAGGAGCGGCAACAUUUGGGUUCACCUGAAGUUAAUCUGUGCAUUAAACACAAAAAUCUGUGAAUAAAAAACAGUUCUCAAACACACUGCUCAUCGACACAGGAAACAUACAAGAAAUAUAUCUUCUGUGGGGAAUAAUGAACACGCAUUCAGAUGCUUUUUACACACAUAAAAAUGUAUUUGAACAUCAGAAAGUUCGCCUGAACAACAACAGAGUUUGGGGUUUGUGUGUGCAGUGUUCAAGUAUUUCAUAUUGACAUGAAAUGCUAAUCUGUGGAGCACAUUUCAUAUACCAAAGCAAUAAAAACAAGCUAUAUAAAAGUAAAAAAUGGCACAAUACGAAACAAAUAAGACAAUUUAAAGAUAAGGAAUUACAAAAGUGUUUGAUCCAGCAAAACAUUAUCAUAGUGAAGUGUUAAGGUAUUGAAACACACUUUGAUUCACCUUAAUGCUUUUAGGAUUUAACAUGUGUUGCACGCAGAAUAAAAAAAUGAAAGAGACAUACAGCAAUACCAUUUAAAAAUGCAGUUAUAAUUUAAAAAACAAACAUGAUUGUCACACAAUGAAAGUGGACCGAGGUAAUACAAUCCUGAUGGUGUUUUCUGACAUGCUUUAAAAACGUGAGUCUGUGCAACUACAGGUGUAUUUGUUUUAACAUUCAGCCCGUUCCUGUUGGCUCUGAUUCAGGUUUGUAUUCAGUCACACCAGAGAUUAUCAGAUGUACUGGGUGUGAUUGUAUUCAGCAGCUAAAAUCAGGAGCACAUGAAUGUUACUUCUCAGGUUGUUUUACAUCAGGGGUGUCAAACUGAAGGCCCGGGGGCCAAAUCCGGCCCGCAACUUCAUUUUCUGUGGCCCCACAAGAGCUUGCAAAGAAUAUAAUAUGUUUAUUAUACGGUUACAUGGCAAUUUACAGAAGCACGUCGCCCAUAAACUACAUGUCCCACAAUGCAUCUCAAAUU